AUUCACUUACUUUUUCCAUAAAUAGGCGUCGAAUUUUGAGUUGUUUAUAGCUAUUCACUUAUUGCAUUCAAAUACAUUUUUUUAACUAUAACAGUGAAUUACUAAAUAAAUAAGUGAAGAUACGAGUAAAAAAAAAUGAUUCUAAAUUUAAAUUCAUUCCAUAAAAUAAAUUUACUACCAAAACGUUUUUUUUUUCGAUGGUUAAUUCCUGUUUUCAAUAAUGUAUCAAAAAAAAGAAUAGAAGAAUUGGGCUCUGAUUUAGCGUGUGCUGAGUGGUUGAUAAGAAAUGGCGCUGCUGUAAAAUGGAAAAAAAUUUCCAAUAAUACUGAUCAAAUUGAUAACAAUUACUCAAAUAAUUAUGACAAAUUACCAUCGACAUCUAGUGGAAUGAAAUAUGUUAUCUAUGGUAUUGAUGCAACUGAUUCAGCAAUAAGUCAUGAGGGAUUUCCUCAUUUUGAUGGUUGUAAACAUAUAGCUGAAAUGAAAUUAAUUAAUUGUCUUUAUAUUGGUAACCAAGCAUUGAACUAUUUAAAUUUAUUAAAAGAUUCAUUAGAAUACUUAGAAAUUAAAAAUUGUGGUUUGAUAACUGAUGAAGGACUUGGCCAUUUAACUCAAUUAACAAAUUUAAAAACUCUAGAGCUCGCAAAUUUACCAGCAAUUAAAAAUAAAAAUUUCAUGAAGAAAACACUCGAUAAUGAAUUAAAAAAUUGUAAAAUUAUUUAUGAAUGAUAAUAAAUCCUUUUUAUUUGAA